GGGCCAACCAGCGCCUCUCGAAAAACGCUGGCCCGCGUCCGCCUCCUCCGUCGUUUCCUCUACCCCUCGCGUCUCCCCUCCCUUCCCGUCCCGAGUCGCUCGCGGUCGCAAGUAAGCACCUUGACGAGCUCGCGCAUCUCCACGACUACUCCGUGGUCGCGGCGUGUGUGGCUGCAUGCUCUGCGCUGGUGGUGGUGGUGGUGGUGGUGUUGCGGUGCGGGGUACUUGUCGAUGGUCAUGGACGCUGGGCUGCACGAGCUGUGCACGCUGCUGCCUGGAUUCAAGCGCGACGGCCACCUGCCAAUCUACCCCCAAAUCGCGGCGGCCGCCAAUGGGUUCACGGCGGAGGAGCUCGAGUCGCUGCUGUUCCUGCCGCCCGAUGGGAUUGCCGCGGGCGGCGGCUACCUGAAUGUCGCGCCUACUACUGUGGUUCCACCUGCCUCCACCAACCGCGCGUCGCCGCCGAGGGAUGCCUCGGCCGCGUCGGUGGCGGCGGGGCAGCCGGACGACUCGGAGGUGUUCUCGGACAUCGUGCUGGGGUACAUCAACCGCAUGCUCAUGGCCGAGGACAUCGACGAGAAGUUCGAGCACUACCCGGAGCACGCCGCGCUGCUCGCCGCCGAGAAGCCGUUCCUCGAGAUCCUCGCCGACCAGCCCCCGAGCUCCGGAGGGAGCGCGGUCGAGAGCCCCGGCGGCAGCAGCGUUGCCAACUCUUGCAACAGUCUCGGCUCCUGCAACUGCGCCGCGGCGUCCGAUGCUGUCGGCGCGGUGCAGACGCCGGUUUCCGAGUUCCCCACGGCCGCGUUCCUGCAGCCGCCGCAGCUGUAUCGGGAUCUGAACCCUGGGAGCAGCGUGGUGGAGGCUGACGGCUCGUGGCCGUACGACCCGACGGAAUUCUACCAGCUGCGGAUCAACCCGGUGCCUGAGACCCUGCUCUCGCAGUCGCCGUCGUUCGCGUCAUCGAACGGCAGUGGUGUUACAUUAUCGGACGGCUUUGAGUCGUUGUUGGGCUCGCCUGGUGUCAUGCCGGAUGUUGGCUUGACUUAUUUUGCCGUGCAGAGCCAGCAGGCUAUGCAGUUCUGCCGUGGGCUUGAAGAGGCAAGCAGGUUUCUGCCUGAUGAGAGCAAGCUUGUGAUUGAUCUUGAGACGUCGGCAUCUGUUGCAAACUUGCUGGCUGAUGUUAAACGAGAGAGGAACUUUGUGAAGGUGAAGACAGAAAAGGCAGAUGUUGAGGCAGCGAUUCGAGGAAAGAAGCAUUUCUAUGGUGAUGACUUGGAUGCAGAGGAAGGGAGGUGCAGCAAACAUUCAGCACCGGCUAUUGACACCGACCACCUUGUGCGGGAGAUGAUGGACAAGGUCUUGCUAUGCAACGGUGAGACGUGCUCGAAGGGCGUCAAGGAGCUGCGUGAGGCCCUGCAGCAUGAUGUCGCGAAGCAUUCAAAUGGGGGCCAUGGCAAGGGCCGUGGCAAGAAACAGCCCAAGAAAGAGGUGGUUGACUUGGAGACGCUCCUCAUCCAUUGUGCUCAGUCUGUGGCCACUGAUGAUCGACACAGUGCCACUGAGCUCCUGAAGCAGAUCAGGCAGCAUGCAUCUCCCAAUGGUGAUGGUGACCAGCGUUUGGCACACUGCUUCGCCAAUGGCCUUGAGGCAAGGCUCGCUGGUAACGGGAGUCAGAUUUACAAGUCCUUUACAGUGACACGGUUUGCAUGUACUGAUUUGUUGAAAGCCUACCAGCUUUAUUUGGCAGCUUGCCCAUUCAAGAAGAUCUCACAUUUCUUUGCCAGUCAAACAAUUAUGAAUGCUGCGGAGAAGGCCAAGAAAGUUCAUAUUGUUGACUUCGGCAUAUACUAUGGUUUUCAGUGGCCGUGCCUCAUUCAGCGGCUAUCUACUAGGCCUGGUGGCCCUCCAAGACUUAGAAUCACCGGGAUCGACACGCCUCAGCCUGGUUUUCGCCCAGGAGAGCGUAUAGAGGAGACAGGAAAGUAUCUAAAAGAUUAUGCUCAGACGUUCGGUGUCCCGUUUGAGUUCCAAGCCAUUGCAUCUCGAUUUGAGGCUGUUCAGAUAGAAGAUCUCCACAUUGAGAAGGAUGAGCUGCUGAUUGUCAAUUGCAUGUUCAAGUUCAAGACGUUGAUGGACGAGAGUGUUGUAGCUGAGAGUCCAAGGAACAUGGUCUUGAACACAAUCAGGAAAAUGAACCCACAUGUGUUCAUCCAUGGGAUCAUCAAUGGAUCUUACAACGCACCAUUCUUCGUGUCACGCUUCCGGGAGGCCUUGUUCCACUACUCUGCUAUCUUUGACAUGCUGGAGACAAACAUUCCGAGGGACAACGAACAGAGGCUGCUCAUUGAGUCAGCCCUGUUUGGGCGAGAGGCAAUCAAUGUGAUCUCCUGUGAGGGACUGGAGAGGAUGGAGAGGCCGGAUACAUACAAGCAAUGGCAGGUGCGGAAUCAGAGGGCUGGCUUCAAGCAGCUGCCGAUGAACCAAGACAUCAUGAAGCGUGCAAGGGAGAAGCUUAGGUGCUACCACAAGGACUUCAUCAUCGACGAGGACAACAGGUGGUUACUGCAAGGGUGGAAAGGGCGCAUCUUGCUGGCGCUCUCGACAUGGAAGCCAGAUCACAGAUCUUCUUCCUAGUUUCUUGAGCUUACAUGAUUGCAGAGUAAUGUAAAUGGAGACUUGUUCAUAUUUUUGGAUGCUUGGGCUGAUUGUUCCUGGACUGCAACAUGUAGCUAGAUGGACCUGACUAUUCCUGUGGUCUAUGCGUGUUAGGUAUGGCCAAUAUAUGGUUAGUUUUGGCCAGGAACAGUUGGUGCAUUCUUUGAUGGAGCAGGCUAGGUAUGUUAAUUAUGCGGUAAACCUAGGAUUGUUUCAUAUAUGGACCAGUCUUGUAUUAUAUUUCCUCCCGAUUAAUCAGUGCUGUCUGAAGUUUUCGGCU